GUAGCGUCAGCUUCAAGCCACGCUGACGCCUCAAUUCAAAUCCCUCCUCUCUCUCUCUCUCUCCCUUAUAAACCGUGCUCAUAGCCGUCUUCCCGGUCUAUCUUUUCUCUGCUGACACCGCAACCUUCCUUCAUCGCUCGCUCUCUCACCUUACACUAAUGGCUUUGCCGAAUCAGCAGACUGUAGACUAUCCGAGCUUCAAGCUCGUAAUCGUUGGAGAUGGAGGCACUGGAAAGACUACUUUUGUGAAGAGGCAUCUGACAGGGGAGUUUGAGAAGAAGUAUGAACCAACCAUUGGUGUGGAGGUUCAUCCAUUGGAUUUCUUUACAAAUUGUGGGAAAAUCCGUUUCUACUGCUGGGAUACAGCUGGGCAAGAGAAAUUUGGUGGGCUUAGAGAUGGCUACUACAUCCAUGGGCAGUGUGCCAUCAUUAUGUUUGAUGUUACUGCUCGCUUGACAUACAAGAAUGUUCCUACAUGGCAUCGUGAUCUGUGCCGGGUGUGCGAAAAUAUACCUAUAGUUCUCUGUGGAAACAAGGUUGAUGUGAAGAACAGGCAAGUCAAGGCAAAGCAGGUUACAUUCCACAGGAAGAAGAAUCUGCAGUACUAUGAGAUCUCUGCUAAGAGCAACUACAAUUUUGAGAAACCUUUCUUGUACCUUGCAAGGAAGCUGGCUGGGGACCCUAAUAUUCACUUUGUGGAGUCGCCUGCUCUUGCUCCUCCAGAAGUACACUUAGACUUGGCUGCACAGCAACAGCAUGAAGCUGAGCUUGCUGCAGCAGCUAGUCAGCCUCUCCCUGACGAUGAUGAUGAUGCAUUUGAGUAGAGGGCAGUUGCUGGCACGGCACAACCAUUCGAUCUGUGUUUGAAGCCUGUUUACCUUGUAUUUGUUUUAACAUUAUGUGCUAGGAUUUGGUGAUUGGAAUGCAGUAGUUAGUUUUCCUCCAUAUAUUGUUGUACACAUACUAUUGGAUUCUAUUCUGGUGUGUGGAUUAUGCUUUCUAAAUACUUUCGAUGCAUAGUUCUGUAAGUUCGAAGUAGAAUAUCUUAAUUUAGUAGUUGCACAA